CAAACUCGGGGGUUUAAAGUUUCACUUCCGGUGUCCGUGGGAGCGAGGAUAUAUAAAACCCUUUUUAAAUAUGUGAAUUAAGAACAAAUUUGGAUGUUGUUGUAUUGACAUGUGUUGAUUUAAGUGACGCUGUUUAAAAAAAUAACUUUUCUAUAACCCUGGCAAACCCGUCACCACGGUAACAGCAGUUUGUGUCGAGCAGCAGCAACACAGACAGAUGAGCUCUUUAUCUCUUAUUUUGUUUAUGUUAUUUGAGGGUAAUUUAGUAAACGAAGCAAUAUAUUUUACUCCACAACUUUUCAAUUGGUCAUUUGACAGAAAUUACCAGGUUUACACCGCGUUUCCUGUCGGUGCUGAUCCAGAGAGAGAGAGAGAGAGAGAGAGAGAGAGAGAGAGAGAGAGGGAGACCUGCCAGCUGAGAGAAAGAACCACAGAUGUCUGGGGAAGAGGUGAUCAAGGUUUCCUUCAUCUUUCCAAAUGGAGACAGAUAUGAGGGGGAGUCCUUCAAGUCUGCCUCCGGAGUAAUGGUGAGAACUGGUGUUGGUAAACAGACCACAGCAAAUUGGAUUGUAUACACUGGAGAGUGGCAUGAGGACAAGAUGCACGGCAGAGGGACCCUGCAGUUUCCCUCUGGAGUCAUGUACGAAGGAGAAUUCAAAGACAACAUGUUCCACGGCACGGGGACAUAUACUUUCACAGAUGGCUCCACUUACAAAGGUCAAUUUCACAAGAACAGGUUGAAGGGAGAUGGAGCUUUCACUAACACACAAGGCCUGGUUUGGACAGGAGAGUUUCACGUCAAAGCAGCUCUGGGCCUGAUGAUGCACCACAAUGUUUAGGCAAGAGCCCAACAUUAUCGUUCUGCUGUGUACAAAAUAUUGUACAAUAAUUUAUAUUGUGAAUCAGAAAAUAUUUUUUCCAUGUAGGAAUUAUAUUCUACAGAUUUGUGAAUUAAAUACUGACUGAUGAUCACA